CAUAUGACCUUAUUGUUGCGUUUUGGUUUUUGCAGGUCGUUGAUUGACCUUUUGAAGGAUCGGUAGAUGGUUACUUUCUAGUUCUGUUCCCCGUGCAGAGGAGGAUUCGGAAAUGAGUUUGAUUUCACGACUGCGGCAUCAUUUGCCUGGUGUACUCUUGAGACAAUCUGUUCAAUCCAAUGUGGCUGCCUCCCAUUUUGUUACCUCAACUGUGUUUACUCGACACUUUGGUCAGCCUGCUAGGAAAGAAGAAGAAGAGGAGGAAGAAGUAGAUAUUGACCAGAGAAAGCUUCCAGCUGAUUAUGAUCCUGCAACUUUUGAUCCUACUGAGCAUCGGAGUCCUCCAUCGGAUAGGGUAUGGAGUCUUGUCGACGAAGUUUCGGGACUUACCUUGGUUGAAGUUGCAGAACUAUCCUCCAUUAUUAUGAAGAAGUUGGGUAUGAAAGAGCAACCAACGGUUGGCGUUAUGAAGGCAGGGGCUGCUGGAUUGGCAGCGGCAGCUAUGAAGGGAACAGAAGCAGCUAAGGAGGAAAAGAAACCGGAGAAAACUGUUUUUGAACUUAAAUUGGAGUCAUACGAGUCAACUCAAAAGAUAAAGAUAAUCAAAGAAGUCCGAAGUUUUACUGAUUUGGGACUCAAGGAAGCAAAGGAGUUAGUCGAGAAGACUCCUGCUGUUUUCAAGAAGGGAGUGUCAAAGGAAGAAGGUGAACAAAUAAUUGAGAAAAUGAAAGCUCUUGGAGCAAAAGUUGUUAUGGAAUGAUAAUGAACAAAGUAUUAGGUUUGAUAUCGGGUUCAUCCAAAAGUAUUUUGAAACUAGAUUAUGCUUCUUUCGGCUAUGCAGUUUUGUAGUCUACUUUUCAUUCCUUUUUCCAGAACCAGAACCCCUCGGUGUGGCUCACAAAUAAUUUUGUCCAUCGUGUUUGUUUGACAUGCUUGGCAGAAGAUGAACGUGACUUAGUUGUAGUCUGCUCUUCUUUGACUCUUCUGCGGGAUGAAUGAUUCUUUUCUUAUGGGU